AUGAUCUUUUGUUCUGCUUCAAGCUCUGGUAAAUUGCGUGCAAUAGAACACUACAGACUGGAAAUGUUAGUUAUAGAUGAAGCUGCUCAACUUAAAGAAUGUGAGUCAAAUGUACCUUUACAACUUCCUGGUCUUCGUCAUGUUGUACUUAUUGGAGACGAGAAACAGUUGUCUGCCUUCGGCAAAAGUGAGAUGUGUUCCAGUCUUGUUAAUUCCUCUCUUCCUGGCGAAGAGAAAAUGAUGGAGAGAAGUUAUAGUGCCAAAGAAGAGGGUCUUGAUUUGGUGGGGACGGUGUUCUCUUGGACUCUCAAGGAUGUUCUCAAUGGAAACCUCUGCAAGCACAAGGUAAGAAAGAUCCCACAGACAUUUUUAUCAACAACAGAUUACUUGAACUCCUUCAUUCCUUCACUGAUUGAGGAAACUCGCAGCGAACUUUGUUCAAGCUUGAAAGGCGUGUCAGGGGCUCCCUUUUGUGAAAUCUUGAGCGUUGAACUUGAAAGGUCGAGAAGCUUCAUACCUAUUGAGAACUUCUACCAAAUUUCAGUCAACAAAACCAACGAUGAUGUGAAUGGAAAAUAUGAGCCUGAGGUUGGAGACCUCAUUGCCUUUACAGAUAUUAAACCGAAAACAGUAUAUGACUUGAACAGGUCCAAAAGAAACUACCAUAUUGGUUAUGUUUAUGGAAUAAAAGAAAGUAUUGACAAGAUCUCAAUACUCUCAUCCAAAAGGUUUGACAUGGACAUUCAGUUUUCCUUGGGGAGCAACAGUGCACCAAAGCUUUAUGCCUUCUGUCUUUCGAACCUCACAACAAAUGUUCGAAUUUGGAAAGCCUUGAACAAACAGCUGGAGGGUGCAAGCUUGAACAUGAUAAAAAAUGUGCUGCAACCUGACUCAAAGAACGGAGAAAAGUGCCAACUUUGUUUUUAUGGUGAAAGCCACAGUGCAGCUUUUUCUAGUGUAGAAAGCAUAAUCCUGUCUCAGAAUCUGAAUGAAUCCCAGAAAGAUGCAGUUUUAAACUGUGUUACUUCGAGGGAAUGCCGUCAUAAUCAUACUGUUAAACUUAUUUGGGGCCCACCAGGAACUGGAAAAACAAAGACAGUGGCUUCCCUGUUAUUUUCCCUGCUCAAGUUAAAAGUCAGAACAUUAACAUGUGCUCCAACUAAUACUGCAGUGUUGGAAGUGGCGGCUCGCCUGAAUAAUUUAGUUAAGGAAUCACUUGAGUGUGAUAUUGGCUACGGUGACAUAGUUUUAUUUGGCAAUAAAUCUCGAAUGAAAGUAGACUCUUUUCGGGGCCUCAAUAAUGUCUUUCUUGAUUAUCGUGUAGAUAAUCUUUUGAAGUGUUCUGGAUGGAAACAUUCGUUGGAAUCAGUGAUCAAGUUGCUAGAGUACCCCAAAGAGCAAUAUGAUUUAUAUAAGCGUGAGGAAGAAAAUGGUCUUAAGUCAUUGGAAGAAUUUGCUAGGGAAAAGUACUUCAAUGAGAAGAAUGAUGAUCCCCUGACCUUAGAGCAAUUUUUGAAGAAGGAAUCCACUUGCAUUAUAGCGCAAUACCUUUCAUACAAGGAUGAAAAAAGGAAAAGUAUCAAGACACUGGAUCAAUUUUUUAUGGAGAGAUUCCGUUCCAAUAGAGAGCAAAUAGAGAUAAACAUGGGAACUUUGCAAACACAGCUACCUACUUCUUUAAUUCCACUUGCGGAAAUAAAGAAAAUUCCUAUAGCUAUUGAUUUGCUAAGAUCUCUUGAAAACUCCCUGUGUAAAGCCAAGUUGAAGCAAACUUCCUGUGGCUGUGAGGAUGGAGAAAGCAUUCUUGACAUCCUUCCAAGGUUAAGCAUAAAAAGAGAAGAUUGCCUUGUCAAACUGAAAUUACUUUCUCAGACAAUUUUACUUCCAACCAUCACUAACAAAUAUGAAAUGGCAAAAUUUUGCUUGAUGAGUGCACACCUGAUUUUCUGUACUGCAUCAUGUUCUUCUAAAUUAUUCGAAGAUGGAAUGACACCAGUAGAAUUCUUAGUUAUUGACGAAGCAGCGCAGCUGAAAGAAUGUGAAUCAACCAUUCCAUUGCAGCUAGGAGGCCUUCACCAUGUAAUCCUCAUUGGUGAUGAGAGACAGCUUCCUGCAGUAGUCAAAAGCCAGGUUUCUCAAGAGGCUGAAUAUGGAAGAAGUUUGUUUGAGAGGCUGGUUUCAUUGGGCUACAAGAAGAAUCUGCUUAAUAUUCAGUAUAGAAUGCACCCAUCCAUCAGCUUAUUCCCAAAUAAGGAGUUCUACGAAGAGCAACUUUCUGAUGCUCCUUUUGUCAGAGAAAUGAGAUAUAAUAGACGUUUCCUUGAAGGAAAAAUGUAUGCUUCAUAUUCAUUUAUAAACAUAGCUAAGGGUAAAGAGAAGAAACCUGGUCGUGGACACGGGUGGAAGAACAUGGCUGAGGCUGCGGCUGUUUGCAAGAUUAUUGAAAGCCUUGAAAAUGAAUUUUUGAGGUCAAAGAAGAAAGUUAGCAUUGGAAUCAUAUCUCCAUAUAAUGGUCAGGUGUCUGAAAUCCAGAAGAGAAUUACGCGGCAAAAUUUGGUUUCUGAUCCUAACUUCUCUGUUAGUGUUCGUUCUAUUGAUGGUUUUCAAGGUGGUGAAGAAGAUAUAAUAAUAAUCUCCACAGUCAGAUCAAAUGGGAAUGGAGAUAUAGGUUUCCUUGACGAUCGGCAAAGAGCCAAUGUGGCACUGACUCGGGCUAGACAUUGCCUAUGGAUAUUAGGGAAUGAAAAAACUUUAAGCAGUAGUGAUUCUCUAUGGAGAAAUCUAGUCAACGGUGCUAAGGAAAGAAAGUGUUUCCAUAAUGCCGAGGAUGACAAAAAACUGGCAAAGGCCGUUGAGAACGAAGCCAUGCUUAUUGAACUACUUGAUGAUGAAUCUGAGAGCCCAUUUAAGAAACUCAGUCUAGGAGAGACUUCUCGGACAACUGCUACCACCUUCAGCAUGCAGAAGCAUAAUGGGAAGGCCAAGGACACCAAGGUGGUGAAGGAUAGUCGCAUAGAUUGCACCCUGAACAACAAGUACGACUUGCAAAUUGUAAUAGUUUGUCUGAAGAUGGUUUAA